UGCGAGUCCUGGACUCGGUUCCCGCCGAAACUCGGUUUUCGUCCUCGCGAAAGCGGAAGAAGAAGUCCUUCAGUGGCUCGUCGGUGACCGAAACAGGUCAGCCGUCGAAUUCCAAGUCCGACCCUCCGUUCAUCUGUGAAGUUUGCGCUGUCCCGAGGACGAAUGAGGUCCCGUUUCGUAUCACGGGCUGUGGUCACGCAUGUUGCAACGAUUGCGUCACUAAACACGUAGCUUCGAAGCUUCAUGACAACGUGACGCGCGUAGGCUGCCCCGUCUUGGGCUGUGGCGGCGUCCUGGAGCUGGGGCAUUGUAGCUCGAUACUCCCUCCUGAAGUGUUCGAUCGUUGGGGCAAUGCAUUGUGUGAGGCUCUGAUUUUGGAGGCGGAGAGGUUUUACUGCCCGUUUACGGAUUGCUCGGCGUUGUUGAUCGACGAGGGAGGCGCGGUCGUGAGGGAAUCGGAGUGUCCGAAUUGCCGGAGAUUAUUCUGUGCUCAGUGUAGAGUGCCGUGGCAUGCAGGGUUUAAGUGUCAGGAGUUUCAGGGGUUGAAUGAGGGAGAGAGAGGGAGGGACGACAUAAUGUUGUUGAAGGUGGCUCCGUCGUCAAUCUUGCGAAAGGGAAAGUGCAAGAAGGAGCCCCACAGUGGGUCAUUGGUCACCGAAACAGACCAGCUGUCGAAUUCCAAGUCCGAUCCUUCAUUUAUCUGUGAAAUUUGCAUCGAGCCGAGGACGAACAGCGACCUGUUUCAUAUUAAGGGUUGUAGUCAUGCAUAUUGCAAUGAUUGCGUUACUAAAUACGUAACUUCAAAGCUUGGCGACAACAUGACGGGCAUAGGCUGCCCUGUCUCGGGCUGUGGCGGCAUACUGGAGCCGGAGUAUUGUAGGUCGAUACUCCCUCCAGAGGUGUUUGAUCGUUGGGGCAAUGCAUCGUGCGAGGCUUUGAUUUUGGAGGGGGAGAGGUUUUACUGCCCGUUUAGGGAUUGCUCGGCGUUGUUGAUCAACGACCGAGGCGCAGUCGCGAGGGAAUCAGAGUGUCCGAAUUGCCGAAGAUUAUUUUGUGCACAGUGUAGAGUGCCUUGGCAUGCCGGGGUGGAGUGUCGGGAGUUUCAGGGGUUAAAGGAGGGGGAGAGAGGGACGGAGGACAUAAUGUUGAUGAAGCUGGCUGAGAAGCAGCAUUGGAGGAGGUGCCCUAAGUGCAAGUUCUAUGUUCAGAAGAUUUCUGGUUGCGCGUUUGUAAGGUGCAGGUUGGUUUGCUUUUGGCUCUUCCUUAUAUUUCCCUAACCCAAAUUCGUGCG